AUGGCUAUCAUCGCUGUUGCUGGAGGCGCCGGAAAGCUCGGCCGUGCAAUUGUUGAAGCACUUAUUGAACAGGGUCAGCAUACCGUGGUGGCCCUGGCUCGAGAGGCUAAAGAUGUACAAGGAGCCCAGGUGAUCGCCGUGGACUACACCGACGUCGAUAAGCUUGCAGCCACGCUUGAGACCAACAGCAUUGAGACUGUCAUAUCCACCAUUAACUCUAUGGACGACGUCUCGGCUGAGCUGAGCUUGAUCAAGGCAGCUGAGAAAUCGGCAUCUACCAAACGAUACAUCCCUAGUAUCUGGGGCGUCAAGUACACUGAAGAGAUCGCAUCUUAUUUCCCCAUCGCUCAAGCCAAGCUCAACAUCAUUGCUGCAUUAGAAGCAACGUCGACCCUCGAGUACACUGCUGUGUACAACGGCUACUUUGCUGACUACUGGGUGCUCCCCAAGGUUAAGUCUUACCAAAGCCCUCUCGCUCUGGUAGUCGACAUUGCGAACGAUUUUGCCGCUAUUCCUGGGUCUGGCAACGAGCUCGUGACCUUUACCCACACCUUUGACGUUGCACGCUUUGUCGCGGUGCUCGUUGGGGCGCCUAAGUGGGACAAGGAGUCCUAUAUCAUUGGGGACAAGGUCUCGUGGAAUCAAUUCGUGCAAUACGCCGAGGAGGCCAAGGGUGUCAAGUUCACCGUCAAACACGACUCGAUCGAGGACCUCAAGGCCGGUAAAAUCACGGAGCUGCCCUCUCACCCGCACAUGUAUCCCUUCUUCCCCAAGCCGAUGCUGCAGGGCUUUUUUGCUGCUUUUGGCCGCAUGUUCGUUGAGGGGGCGUUUGACCUCAAGCCUGAGCGUACGCUCAAUCAGGAAUUCCCUGAGGUCAAGGCACGAAAGAUCAAGGACCUUCUCUUUGAGGCUUGGGGACAGUAGUUUCAACAGUAGUGUUAG